CUGACAUGACUCCACAAGCGAUCCCAGCUCCAGAAUAUCACUCUCCAAGAUGUUACUCCUGACAGAGGUUCCACACCAUCCCCUCCAUCCCCAUGUGCAGAACAUCUCCUAUUUCUCUUUCUUCUCUGAACUCCAGCGUUCUCACUGGUUGGUGACCACGAUCGAGACGGUGGUUCAGAUGGCCAUUUUUCUGGUUUCGGUGGUCAGCAACAUCGGUGCGUUUACACUCGUUCUCCAAGAAAGGCGGCUAGCCGACAACACGCUCUUCACCCUGAACCUCUUCCUGGCGGACCUUCUGUUUGUCAGCACCAUUCCUUUGGUUACCGCCGUGAGGUGGACCCAGUCUUGGAGGCUCGGCUCCACCACCUGCCGCAUCGUCAUGUACUUCAUCUGCUUGAGUGGCGGAGUGACCAUCAUCACACUGGCUGCCAUCAGUAUCGAGAGACUGCUGGCCAUCUUGAAGAUGGAGACUACGCUCAGCCUGAAUCCCAAAAGGGCAUCUGCAGGGUUGCUCCUCAUCUGGCUCCUCACCGCUAUCGCAUUGUUACCCCUGUGUUUGUUCUCCAGGGUGGUGACGGUCAUCUCGUAUGAACAGAAAGAAAUACAGAUAUGCACCAUUAUGUGGCCGCACCUGACGGGCGAGAUCAUAUGGAACACCGCCUUCAUCGCAUUUGGCUUCCUUCUUCCUGCCCUUAGCAUUGUGAUAAGUUACAGCAAAAUCCUGCAGAUAAGGAAGCAAUCCAAAAAGAGGCUCCAAAGUACCAGUUCACAAAGCUGUGCCCAGAUAUGUCCAGUGUCUAAACAAGACUACAAACUCUUCCGCACGCUCCUUAUCCUCAUGGUAUCGUUCUUCAUCAUGUGGAGCCCUAUCUUCAUUUUUACCUUUCUCAUCCUCGUACGCAACAUACACAUGGAAAUUCCCAUCACCCCCACAAUGUUCUUCUGGGUGAUGACCUUCACUAUGGCUAACUCGGCCCUUAACCCUGUCCUUUAUAGUGUAUAUCAGCUGAGGCAUAGUUGGCAGAAGCUUGGCUGUGCCAAAGAAGGCAACUCAGGUCAAAGGGAACUAGGGAACAACAGAUGCUAGGUCUUAUUUAUUUUGUGCCUAUAAGUUCUUAUGCUGAUUGUACAGGGAGAUUCACUCGAAGAGGCCCCGAAUAUUCUGUAAUAACUCUCGCUAGGAUGAAGCAAUCUGAACGAAACAGUGUGCUCCUCAGUAUAUGGAGCUUCGAACAAGCCGGAAUGCCCCUGCACCGGAGCGAUGAGGUAGAUGCUGGACAGCCGUCACGACGUUUGACCUCCAUUUGCAACUUCUGGGUGCAUACCCCCAUUCCCCUUCAUGUGUCUGGCAGAAAAAGGAGAUCACUUCCAGCAUCACAUGUAAUGCAAUCGUUUACACACACGUCAAGGUAU